AUGGCUGAUGGUCGUCCUACCAAAGCUUGGGGUUCUAGGACUAUCCUGCUUCAAUUUGGUAACCGCCGUUUUCAGUUCUCAUUUCUACUAGCAGAUGUUGAUUGUCCUAUACUGGGGGCUGAUUUCCUGGCUGAAUUCGACCUUCUGGUGGAUGCUUCUAAACAACAGGUUCUGGAACGUGCAUCUAGGAAGCCUCUAUCCUCUCCAGUCAUGUCAACCGCCAAUCCCGCCGUUGCUUCAGUUUUCAAACUUGCUCCUGAUGUUUCCUCCCUUCUGAAGGAAUUCCCUGCUGCUUGGGAACCUCGUCAACCUGGUCAACUUCCUGCUCACAAGGUGGAGCACGUCAUAGAGACUUAUGGUCAACCACUGUUUGCCCGUGCCCGCCGAUUGGAUCAAGCAAAGUUGGAGUCCGCAAAAGCUGAGUUUCGUAAGAUGGAAGAGGCGGGAAUUAUACGACGUUCUGACAGUCCCUGGGCCUUUCCACUACACAUGGUUCCUAAACCAGAUGAAAUUGAUUAUCUCGGUCACAAGAUUACAGCCACAGGAAUUGUUCCCCUCCGCCGUCAUGUUGAAGCACUACUUCAGCUGCCUCGUCCUCAAGAUGUCUGUUCCUUGCAAAGAUUCCUUGGCAUGGUCAAUUUCUACAGGAGGUUUCUUCCUGGUAUUGCAAAGAUUCUCCGUCUGCUCACAGAUGCCCUGGCUGGAAACCCUAAAUCAUUAAACUGGUCAGAAACUCAUCAGGAAUCCUUCGAGAAAGCCAAGUCCGCCCUUUCCUCUGCCGUUCCAUUGACUCACCCUUCUCCGUCUGUUUCCCUUGUAACAGAUGCUUUCGCCUCACACGUUGGAGCAGUCCUGCAGGAGCGCAAGAAAUCCAAUUGGAGACCUCUAGCCUUCUUCUCUGCAAAACUCUCCGCCACCCAGCAAAGAUAUUCCGCCUUUGACAGAGAGUUAUUGGGGGUUUUUCUCGCCCUACGUCAAUUCCGUUUCGAGUUGGAGGGAAGAAAGUUCCACAUCAUUACAGAUCAUCUCCCCCUGGUUUCCGCCCUGUUCCAAGUUUCUCCGCCCUGGUCAGCACGCCAACAACGCCAGUUAUCUAAUAUAUCAGAGUUUACCAGUGAUAUUCGCCAUACUCCAGGAUCUGCCAAUGUUGUGGCAGAUUAUCUUUCCCGUCCAUCUCCUCCUUCCCCUUGUCAUCUGCCUUUUGCCCAUCCCCCUGAAGGUCAAGUGUCAGAGGUGUCGGGGGUGUCGGAGGUGUCCGAGGUGACAGAUUCUUCUCUACCCUCUCCCUUUCCAACCUCCGCCAAAGGUAUUAAUUUUGAAGAGCUAGCAUCAGACCAACGUUCUUGUCCAGAGGUUCUCCGUCUACAGAGAUCUCCCUCUCUCCGCCUCGUUAAAAAUGGUUCUUUACUCUGUGAUGCUAGUGAUAAUAGGAGAUUAGACGCUUAUCCUCCGGUCAACCUCCGGCCUCUACCCUGGGGGGGGGGGGUACUGUGGAAGACGAGACCUGGCGGCCUCCUUACCCAAAGGCCGAGAAUAAAGAAGAGAGCUUGA